AUUGUACAAAUUGUACUUGGAUUGUUCAUAGAUAAGAGAUUGAUGGCCAGUUUAUCAAGGAGUUUGUUAUAUUUAUAUCAAAGAUUUGAUAAAAUAUCUUUAGUGGUUAUUAUUAGUAAGCAAUCAUAUCAAUAUAGUAACUGCCGGUUAAUGUGUUAACGAAAUUAACUUCCCAAAGUAAUGUAACGUGAAUUAGUUACCUUUUGAAAACUAACUGGUAACUGGUAAAGUAUAUAUAGGUUAUUAAGGUUUCAUACAUAAUCCCUUCUAAAAAUCCACCAGGAAGCAAGAAUCUAAUAACAUGGGUAGUAAGCGAGAUACCAGAGAUGUGUUUGAAGAUCUUUCAAACGUUGAAUUUGAAACAAGCGAGGGUGUAGAAGUUAUAGAUAAAUUUAAGAACAUGGGCUUAAAAGAAGAAUUAAUUCGGGGGAUAUUUGCAUAUGGGUUUGAAAAGCCAAGUGCUAUACAACAAAGAGCUAUAAAGCCGAUUAUCAAAGGAAGAGAUGUUAUUGCUCAAGCACAGUCUGGAACUGGGAAAACUGCAACAUUUGCCAUUUCAAUUUUGCAGUCUUUGGAUCUAACAAUGCGAGAAACACAAAUUUUAUGUCUAUCACCAACAAGAGAAUUAGCUGUUCAAAUCCAAAAAGUCAUUCUUGCUCUCGGAGACUUUAUGAAUGUACAGUGUCAUGCAUGUAUUGGGGGUACUAAUUUGGGAGAAGAUAUUAGAAAACUAGACUUUGGGCAGCAUGUUGUAAGUGGUACUCCUGGACGUGUUUAUGAUAUGAUUCGACGUCGUGCACUUCGUACAAGAUCGGUGAAAAUGCUAGUUUUAGAUGAGGCGGAUGAAAUGUUAAACAAGGGUUUUAAAGAACAGAUUUAUGAUGUUUAUAGAUUUUUGCCACCUUCAACUCAGGUUGUUUUAAUAUCUGCAACGUUGCCGCAUGAAAUAUUGGAAAUUACAUCAAAGUUCAUGACAGACCCUAUUAGAAUUCUUGUCAAACGUGAUGAGUUAACUUUGGAAGGAAUUAAGCAAUUUUUCGUAGCCGUGGAAAGAGAGGAAUGGAAGUUUGAUACUCUGUGCGAUUUAUACGACACAUUAACAAUAACACAAGCAGUAAUAUUUUGUAACACUAAACGUAAAGUAGAUUGGUUAACUGAAAAAAUGAGAGAAGCAAAUUUUACUGUCAGUUCUAUGCAUGGUGAUAUGCCACAGAAGGAAAGAGAUAGUAUAAUGAAGGAAUUCAGAUCUGGGCAAAGCAGAGUUUUAAUUACAACUGAUGUUUGGGCUCGUGGUAUUGAUGUGCAGCAAGUUAGCUUGGUUAUUAAUUACGAUUUACCAAAUAAUCGUGAAUUAUACAUACACAGAAUCGGAAGGUCUGGCAGAUUUGGAAGAAAAGGUGUUGCUAUUAAUUUUGUAAAGGCAGAUGAUAUAAGGAUUUUGCGAGACAUUGAGCAGUACUAUUCUACACAAAUUGACGAAAUGCCUAUGAACGUUGCCGAUUUAAUUUAAGAGUUGUCUUGCAUGUUAAUUAUUCAAUUUAUAUAUUACAUCCAGUCACUUUUAAGUAUUUCUAUAUUGUACCUUCUUUUAUAAUAAAGAAAUGAUUGUCUUCUUUCUUAAAAUAAUAUAGGGUUUAUUUUACACAAUAAUGUAGCAGUCACAACAGCACAAAUUAUUUAUUUAUACGUGGAAUAUACACUCAGAACAAAUUUAAUGUACAAAACAAAAUGUUUGUGUAUCUAUUUUACAUAAGUCUGGUUGGUCUUACUAUAAUUAAAUACAUACUGAUUGAACUCUUAUACAAAUAAAAAUUACAACAGUAUCUGAA